UAGAACGAGCUGUGUGCAUUCAAAGAAUGAAUUUGCUACCGAAAUCUACGAAAGAUUUUGGCUCCAAACGCUACUGGGACACCUUUUUUACCAAACGAAAAGAUGUUUUUGAGUGGUAUGGUGAAUAUUCAGACCUAUGCGGCAUUCUUCAUAAGUACUGUAAGCCAAAAGAUCGGGUGCUUAUAGCAGGUUGUGGGAAUUCCAAACUAAGUGAAGAUCUGUAUGAUGUUGGCUAUCACUCAUUAGUUAAUGUUGACAUCUCUGAAAUUGUUAUAAAGCAAAUGACUGCAAGAAACAACCUUAUCCGGCCAGAAAUGACGUUUGUUAAAAUGGAUUUGUUUAACAUGAAAUUCGACAGUGAAUAUUUCCAGGUUGUUUUAGACAAAGGUACAUUAGAUGCCAUCUUUACCAGCGAUGAAGAGAAGGUGGUUGAAUCUGUUGAAAAGAUGUUGGGGGAAGUUUCUCGAGUGCUAAAAGUUGGUGGUAGAUACAUUUGUAUAUCUUUGGCUCAAGAGCAUAUCCUAAACUUGUUGCUGGAAUAUUUUCCAAAACUGAAUUGGUUUGUUCGAGUUCACAAGGUUGAAACACCUUCAAAUGCAUCUCCAUUACCUGUAUUUGCUUUUGUGUUCACAAAAACUAGACCCAAGCCAGACAUGUCAGUAAAAAUGCCUCAGAUAUUGGAAAUUGUAACUGACUUAUCUGAGAAAGUAAACAGAUUAGAUAAUGUGGAAAAAUUACAGGAAUCUAUUCAAGCUGUUCAAGAGUUUUCCACGGUUAAAAAACAUUUGGAAGCACUACAUCCAGGAGAAGAUUUCCAGGUUGAUUUGUGGUCCUCCAAUAGCCUUGCGGAUCCUCGGUAUUCAUUGACAAUUUUGGAUUUGAAACCUUCACAAUCUCUUGCAGGAAAGUUUGCUAUUUUCAUUGUUCCCCAAGGUCGUGAACAUGAGUGGAUGUUUUCAGUAAAAGAAGGCCAGAAGCAGUUAGCUACCUCAGCAGGUUUUGAGAGACUUGUCAUUGUCGCUCUUAAUCGAGGUCAUUCAUAUGAAAGUAUCAGUAUGAUCAAAGAAGAAUUGUCUGGUAAGGUUAUGGAAUUUGCUCAAAAGGGUGUGAACUCAGCUUCUCAAGUUCCAUUCCUCUCAAUCGGUGAUGAUGUUGGAAAUCGGAAGGUUGUUUAUCAAGGUAGUUCAGCAUACACUGGUGACUAUGUCAUUGAAGAUGUUGAAGUUGAUCAGGCAGAAAUGUUCCGACAUCUUGUAUUUCUAUCAAAUAAGAAUGUCGUACAGUCCGAAGCAAAGUUAUGCCAAGUCAACAAGAAAAUGGAGAGCAAGAGUGCUAAAAAGAGAAGAAAUGCGAAGAAAACAAAAAUGCUGAAUGUUGAUUUGUCGCACUUAGCAUGUCAACACCAUCAAGCAAUCGUAGCUGGUUUUGCAUUACUAGAAAAAGUGCAAAAUAGUGAAGUGCAAGUCCUUCUUAUUGGCCUUGGUGGGGGAAGCUUGCCAAUGUUUAUUUACACUCAUUUUCCUCACAUUUAUGCAACUGUUGUUGAACUUGAUCCAGAUAUUGUUGAUGUGGCCAGAAAUUGGUUUGGUUUUCAGGAAAGUGAAAGGAUGAAAUUGAUCGUUGCUGAUGGUCUUGCAGUUUUAAAAGAAAGUUCAAAGAAAUAUGAUGUUGUCAUCUUUGAUAUUGAUGCAAAAGAUACAACUAAAGCCUUGAGUUGUCCUCCACCUGUAUUCCUUAGCGAGGAAACUCUAAAUUGUGUGAAAGAGAUUCUAUUCCCUGGUGGAUUGUUCAUUCUGAAUCUAGUUUGUCGUGAUGAAGAAAAAAGGGCAGAGCUGGUAAAUUCGAUCCAUCUCAUGUUUCCAAAAAUUUCAAAAGUUAAUAUUGAAAACGAAGUCAACGAGGUUUUGAUUUGCAGUAAUUCAAUGAUGGAAAUCGACCUACUCAAGGCCAAAGCAACAAAAGAAGGACGAAAGUUGCAGGAACAAGUUGCAGCCGUCAACCCGUCAACGAAUGUUGAACUGAUAUCUUUUUUAGAAAACCUAAGAAUUGUUGAAUAGUUAUACUAAUUAUAGUAUUCGUGAGAUGGCGGUGGAUGUUUUGGAGUGCUUAAACUUUUGUGUUAUACACUGUAGUCUGUAGUCGUUGGUAAAAGAGGAUGAAUUAAUGAAACACUCUUUUGUGCACUAGAUUUUAUAGCUCUUUUUAAUGCCUGGUUUCCAUUUAAUCGUAAGUGUCGUGAAUAUGUCAACGUGGAUAUUUCUCAUGCAUUGUUCACAAUGAUUACGGCUAAAUGAAAACCAGGCUUAAGUACAUUUAGCUUUGGUUUAGUGGUUUUGUUCUCAACCAAAACCAGAUGUUAUAGAAUCCGAAAGAAUAAUUGCUUUUUAAUUUAAAAAUUAAGUUUAUCUAGUAUUAUGUUAAGCAACUCUGCAGUGGCUUGAAUUGUUUAAGAUAUUGAGAUAUUCAUCCCACAGACCUUUCUUCAGGUAGGACUGUCACAGUAAGAGCGUGUUUACAAGGAGCGAGUUAUCCCGGCUAGGGGAGGUGAAAACUGCAUAGUGGCACUGCGUAUAAUAAAAGACUAAUCAGGUUAAGUCUUUGAUCUGUUGCGCUUUUUACCUCGCCUAGCCGGGAUAACUUGCUCCCUGUAAACAGGCCCUAAGAAACUUUUUUGUACUUGCUUAAAUUAAAUUAAAUAAAAAUA